AUGCAUGGAUCCUGGGUGGGGGUACUACCGCUGUGCUGCAGGAUCAUCAAACUGGGAGAUGCAGCAUACCACGAUAUCCUGGCUUCGGCUGGGCUUGAAAUACCCCUUUUGCUGUCCUCCGCUCUUUGCAUCAGUGGCUUCCUAGGUUCGAGCGAGGGUAUUUGUGAUCUGAGAUGUGUGUCUUCGCGAAAGAACAUGUAGAGAGAGUCGUAUUGGAUUUCGCAUCAAGCGCAUUGCGCAUUUUUCGAAUUUUGGCCCCUUCCAGGGACCUUGAUUUUUACCCGCUGGCACUGACGUCUAUU